AGGAAAAGAUUACUGCAAAAUUCGUUUUCAAGUCGCACUUUUUCCUCUUAACUUUCUGGAUCUUGAAGUAAUGGAAGCAGGUGGGAAGGCGAAGAAGGGAGCCGGAGGAAGGAAAGCAGGCGGUCCAAAGGCAAAAGCGGUUUCUCGCUCAGUCAAAGCCGGAUUACAGUUUCCGGUCGGUCGAAUCGGCCGUUACUUGAAGAAAGGCCGUUAUGCUCAGCGUGUGGGAGGCGGUGCUCCGGUUUACCUUGCUGCUGUUCUUGAGUACCUCGCUGCUGAGGUUCUGGAGUUGGCCGGCAAUGCUGCAAGAGACAACAAGAAGAAGACAAUCAUCCCAAGGCAUGUUCUUUUGGCUGUGAGGAACGAUGAGGAGCUUGGGAAGCUUUUGGCUGGUGUGACUAUUGCUCAUGGUGGAGUUUUACCGAACAUUAACCCAGUUCUUCUACCGAAGAGAACCGAGAAGGCAUCAACCGAGCCUAAGUCAACAUCGAAGGCUGCAAAGUCUCCAGCAAAAUCACCUAAGAAGGCUUAGUAUAGUGUUCGCUUUGCAUUUUCUGGUGCUUAUGUAGCCCCUUCGUGCUCUAGCUGUAGAUAAAUGUUGACCUUGAUAGGAAGUUAAGGCCAUUUCUGCAUCCAAUGUAUGCGAUAUGUGACCUCAAAUUUCCUUGAACCUGGACCGCUUGUAUGGCAUUAGAUGAAUAGCUUUUGGUUCAUUUCGUUUUGUUA